CUGGACUGUUAGAUAUAAGGUCCCCACAUCGGAGCUCAUAUGGGGCCCUAUGCCUAUAGUCAGUUACCAACUACGGAUCAUGUCAAGAUGGCACCCACCAUCCACCGGGAAUCCCGACGUAAAAGUCCAUGACCCGCGAGCAAUGUUUGAAUACGCACACGGAGAAGAAAUCGCGCUCCUGCUACCCAUCGAUAUCGACUCUGAUAACGCAUGGCAUCGUUCGCGUCCGACUCUCUCAUCCUCGUCACCGGAGCCAACGGCCACGUCGCCCAGCACGUCGUAGAUCAGGCUCUUCAUCACCCUGCCCGACCGCGCGUCCGCGCGACCGUUCGCUCGGCUGCCUCCGUCGAUGCGCUCAAGUCGUAUUGGGCGGAAUACGUGGACGAGGGUCGGCUGGAGGUCGUCCGCGUCCCCGAUAUCACAGCGAACGGUGCAUUCGACGAUGCAGUCAAAGGCGUAACACAUAUCGCACACAUUGCGUCACCCAUCAUUGUCAACCCGAAGGACGUCGAGAACGAUCUGCUGAAACCUGCCAUCCGUGGUACUACGGGAAUACUGAGGUCCGCAAAGGCCUCCGGCACGGUGAAAGCCGUGGUGAUCACGUCCUCCUUUGGAUCUGCGGCCGACAUCAGCAAGGGAUUACGACCCGGAUACAUCUAUACCGCGGACGACUGGAACCCUCUCACCUACGAGCAACCGGCGGACCCUAACCUGGAUUACAGCGCGUUUCCGGAGAUUUACCGUCCGUACGUCACGUACACGGCCUCCAAGGUGGCUGCAGAACGUGCUGCUUGGGCGUAUCACAAAUCGGAAGGGGAGCCGUUCCGUCUGUCCGUCAUGCUGCCUGUGUACGUCUCGGGGCUACACGUCCUACCGCUGACGAAGGGAGCGGAAAGCUUGAGCUUCAGCAACCUCCUCAUAUGGCGCUGCGCGACCGACGCGGAGCUCGUCCCGUUCGACUUUCCGGGAUGGGUGGACGUGCGGGACGUCGCCAAAGCGCACCUUGCCGCGCUCGAGAGACCGGAGACGUCGGGGAAGCGAUACCUCCUCGUCGCCGCGUCGACCAAUUACGCACAGAUUGCGGACAUUAUACGGGCAGCGUUCCCGCAGCUGAACCCGCCGAAGCGGAAGCAGGACUUCGACGUUUAUGGGUACGACGGGUCUCCGGCUCUGCUAGAGCUGGGUCUCGGAAAGUACAUCGGGUUGGAAAAGAUGGUGACAGAUGUGGUCGCCCAAACGCUAGAAGCUCAAGAGAGCAAGAAAACCUCCGUGUAAUAUAUCUGAUUUCC